AGGAUUUUGGCCCAUCUGCCCAAACGGUGUCGAACUGAGUUCUCGCCCCCGAGGAGCGAGUAGGCCCGGGAGCAGGCGGCUGUCCCGAGGACGCUCUUGCGGAUGGUCGCCGCAGGAAUGCUGCACACCGUCCUGCUCCAGAGCGACGGCACGGCGGUGGCCUGCGGUGGCAACGGUGAGGGCCAGUGCGACCUCCCUGCGGUGGUGGCGGGCCUGAACUGCACGCAGGUCGCUGCUGGGGGAGAGCACACGGUGCUGCUCAGGAGCGAUGGCUCGGCCGUGGCUUGCGGCAGGGGUGCUGACGGCCGAUGCACCAUCCCAGCGCUGGUCGCGGAUCUGACGUAUACGCAGGUGGCCGCAGGAGGGGCGCACACCGCUCUGCUCCGGAGCGAUGGAACGGCCGCAGCAUGCGGCCGGAAUGCAGAGGGCCAGUGCGACAUUCCAGCAUUUGUCGCCGGACGGAAGUACACGCAAGCCGCCGCAGGAUCACUGCAUACAGCUCUGCUCAGGCGUGAUGGCACAGCCGUGGCCUGCGGACAGAAUGCUGACGGCCAGUGCGACCUUCCAGCGUUGGCCGCUGAUCUGAGGUAUGCGCAGGUGGCCGCUGGAGGUAGGCAUACAGUUCUGCUAUUGAGCGACGGGACGGCGGUUGCCUGCGGCAAGAAUGCUGACCACCAGUGCCAACUUCCAGCGUUGAUCGCAGGCCUGACGUACACGCAAGUAGCAGCUGGAGUGUGGCACACCGUUUUGCUCAGGAGCGACGGCACUGCCGUGGCCUGUGGCAGGAAUGUUAGGGGCCAGUGCGACCUCCCGGCACUUGUUGCAGGCCUUACGUACACGCGAAUCGCCGCUGGAGGUAGGCAUACAGUCUUGCUCAGGAGCGAUGGCACGGCAGUAGCCUGCGGCCUGAACGGUCAGGGUCGGUGUGCCCUCCCGUCGCUGGUCGCGGGCCUCACAUAUGUAGCUCACUUGUUGCCAACGUUGCUUCUGCAAGCCCUGCUCGAUGGCGAUUCGAUAAGUUUCGUGACCUUCGGCGGGGUGGAGCUUUGCCGAGCUGGUGGCGGACCCACCACUCGCCUGGCAGUUAUCUAUGAUCAGUUGUUGGGCCUCCACCGCGCGGGCAGGUUUGGCUCUGGGCUUGCACGAGUGGACGCUGUCCUGCCUGGGGGCCGGCUGCUCAGCGGUGUCUCGGCCGAGGACACGGUCGUGAAUUGAGCCGCUGCCCUCUCUCUCCGUGUCGUCCCCGUCCCUCCCAAAUUGGACACUUCCCCCCCCCCGCUCCGCUGUCCGCCUCCGUCGACCGCCGCACGCCGCUGGCGGCCUGCCUGGUUGUCUCCUGCUCGCCCGUCGUGCCCGCCUCCUCGCCGCCCCUCCGCACGAUGCCCUGGCUGGCGGCCCCUCACGGGAGGCCGCCAGCGGGCGCGUCUCGGGGGUAUCCGCGGCCGCCAGCUCGAACUCGAGCCCGAGGGGGAGGGGA